AUGGGGGAGGGUGUGGGAGCUGCUGCUCUGGCGCGUCCCCCAUCGCUCGGCGCUGGCCUUGCUGGUGUCACUGGUGUCACUGGGAGCCCUGUCCCGCUUCAGCGCCAUCGCCGUGCUGGCUCACGGGGCGCUGGCCGUGCUCGCCGUCACCGUCCCCCUGCGCCUGCGCCAGGUGGCCCUGAGCGCGCUGAGGCCGCCGCCCGCGGAGAGCCCCAGAGCAGGGCGCAGCCAUGGUCCCUGAGCCAGGAGCAGCAGCAGCGCUGGGCGCGGGGCCUGGCCCGGCACUCGGUGGCGGCCGCGCGAACCCUGACGCGCCUGUUCCUCGUGCACAGCGUGCCCGAGUCCCUCAAGUUCGCCUUCCUGUUCUACCUGCUGACCUACGUGGGGGCCGCCUGCAACGGGGUGACACUGCUGGCAGCGGGUGUCAUCAGCGCCUUCACCUUCCCCGUGCUCUACCGGCGCCACCAGGCCCAGAUCGAUCAAUACCUGAGCCUGGCCCGGGGCCACCUGAGCCACCUGCGAGCCAGGGUCCUGGCCAAGCUGCCAAGUGCCAAAGUGAAGCCGCAGUGACACCGCUGUCCCCGCCCCGAAGUGACAAUGAGGAGGG